AUCUUGUUUUCGGCGACUCAAAAAUUGCAGAUACAUCUGAUUCCAUUCGAGCUUCGAUUUUAAUUUGAUUUUUCUGAAAAUAUUCAUUGUUUAUUUUCUUCAAUCUCACCGAUUAUAGAAUUCUUCUGAAUUUUGCUUUUACCUGGUUUCGCUCUUUUGGGAUUAUAAGUACAAUCUGAAAAAUUGUGAAUGUUAUUUGGAUUGUGUUUCGGUAACUGAUUGAUUCAUUGAAGUGGUGAGUUUUUGGAACAGUUGAGGUCUGUUUCGGGUUUGAAUUAGCCUUGAGAUUUGCAGAAUUGGGGAUUUUGGUUUGACGGAUUUGUUGUUUCAAUUUGAUAAUUAGGGUUUUGGUUUUGGAAUGGGGGAGGAGAGGAUUUUCUGGCGUACAACUUCGCGUGCUACGAGUACAACUGCACGUUACGGAAUUUUGAUGAAGUGAAGGAUGAUGGUGAAACGGACGGUGAAAGUGGAAAUGCCGAAACUCAAGCGGUGCAAAACGGAGGGAAAUGACAGCGGCGGCGAGGGAGAAUCGUGUUCGGCGAGUCCGGAGAAAUUGAAAACCGAUGAACUCUUCACAGUGCCCAUAAAGGAAUUAGAAGAUUACCGCACUAGUUUGGUAGAUUCAUUUUGUAGAGAAGCUUUGAGUUACGCGGGUGAAGUAGAAUCAAGCUUGGGUUUAGCUGGAGCUCCGAGAAGUUUGGCAAAAGCUUUUGAGGUUCAUAGCAAUAAGCCUCCACUUUUGAAGUCUUCUCGUGGUCGCAUUCAAGUGCUGCCUUCAAAGUUCAAUGACUCCGUUUUGCCUUCGUGGAGAAAAGAACAAAACCAGCAAGAACAAGAACUACUAUGUUUGGAUGAGAAGGAUGAAGGGGGAGCUUUGCCUCAGAAGAAAAGGUUCAAGCUUGAAGGGUCUAAUGUAGAUAUGCAUUUUUUUAAGAAUCAACUUAUUCAUUUGCCUAGUUCUGUAAAAUUUGAGGAUAAGGAAUUUUCUUAUAUGCAAAGUAAAGAUUGUUCUAGAAGUUCUGUGACGUCAGUAGGCGAAGGUGGUUCUUCAGUUGUGGUGGAGAGUGGUGACUGCGAACUGAGGGCAAAGAGGGGAUCUAUGAGGGCGGAUAAUUUUACGAAGGAGAAAGUUGGAAAGAAAAAAGAUUUCUUUGAGCCCAGAGAUUUUGUUUUGGAAGACAUAGUGUGGGCAAAAUGUGGAAAGAAUUACCCUGCUUGGCCUGCUGUGGUGAUUGACCCGUUAUGCCAAGCACCUGAGGCUGUUCUAAGGGCUUGCAUUCCUGGCACUAUCUGUGUGAUGUUUUAUGGCUACUCCAGAAGUGGGCAAAGGGAUUAUGGGUGGGUCAAAGCUGGAAUGAUCUUUCCUUUCCAAGAGUAUAUGGACAGAUUUCAGGGGCAGACUAAAUUGUAUGGCAGCAGACCAAGUGAUUUUCACAUGGCAAUAGAAGAGGCAAUUCUAGCUGAACAGGGCUACACAAAUGAAUGCCCUGAGAUGGAGCAGGAGGCAUCUCCAGCAACUAAUGACAGUGGAGUUGAAGAGGCUACUGGGUCAAAUCAGGAGCUGGAAUUCUGUUUCUCUGACCAGGAUGGAUAUGAUAGGAGGAAAGACACUCAACCAUGUGACAGUUGUGGUUUGAUUGUUCCAUGCCGAACUUUGAAGAAAGUUAAAGAUACAACGUCCAAGGCUCAGUUUUCCUGUGAGCAUUGUACUAAGUUGAGGAAAUCAAAGCAAUAUUGUGCCAUAUGCAAGAAAAUUUGGCAUCAUUCAGAUGGUGGGAGCUGGGUGUGUUGUGAUGGUUGUGAUGUUUGGGUCCAUGUGGAGUGUGCAGAUAUUUCCAGCAAUGCUUUGAAGAAUCUACAGAACACUGAUUAUUUUUGCCCUGAGUGCAAAGGAAAUUCUAACAAAAAAAUAUUGGGCUCAGUACAGCGGGGACCAAAAGCGAGUUUUUCAAACAGAUUAAGAGAGAGCAGUGGAGGUGUGAUGCCUGACAAGAUUACUGUCGUGUGUACUGGCGUCGAAGGGAUUUAUUAUCCAGAUAUUCAUUUAGUUCAGUGCAAGUGCGGUUCUUGUGGAACAAGGAAGCAAACACUUAGUGAGUGGGAGAAACAUACCGGUUGCAGAGCUAAGAAAUGGAAGUGCAGCGUGAAAGUAAAGGGCUCAAUGAUAACACUUGACCAAUGGCUUUCAGACAAUAAUGCUCGUAAUGUGAGCUAUCAGAAGUUAGAUCAGCAGCAGCUGUUUGCAUUUUUAAGAGAGAAGUAUGAGCCUGUUCAUGCAAAGUGGACUACAGAAAGAUGUGCUAUAUGUAGAUGGGUUGAGGAUUGGGACUAUAAUAAAAUAAUCAUAUGCAACAGGUGCCAAAUAGCCGUCCAUCAAGAAUGCUAUGGAGUAAGCAAUGGCCAGGAUUUUGCUUCAUGGGUCUGUCGAGCAUGCGAAACCCCUGAAAUCGAAAGAGAAUGUUGUCUUUGUCCAGUCAAAGGUGGUGCAUUGAAGCCAACUGAUAUUGAUUCCCUGUGGGUUCAUGUUACAUGUGCAUGGUUUCGGCCUGAAGUUGCUUUCCAUAAUGCUGAUAAAAUGGAGCCUGCUGCUGGGCUUCUUAGAAUUCCUCCGAACACUUUCCUAAAGGCAUGUGUGAUCUGCAAACAAGUUCACGGAUCUUGCACUCAAUGUUGCAAAUGUGCCACCAGCUUUCAUGCUAUGUGUGCUUUGAGAGCUGGAUAUCAUAUGGAAUUGAACUGCUCAGAGAAGAAUGGGAUACAGAUAACAAGAUGGUUAUCAUAUUGCGCCUUCCAUAGGAUUCCAGACACAGACAAUGUCUUGGUCAUGCGGACUCCGUUUGGAGUGUUUUCUACGAAAAGUUUGGUUGAAAGACAAAGUCAAGAACAUUGUUCGGGAGGCAAACGGCUCAUUUCAUCUAAGACUCUUGAACUCCCUGAUGCAUCUGAUGCUGGGAGCAGUAGCUUUGAACCUCUCUCUGCUGCAAGGUGUCGCGUCUUUCAGAGAUCUAGCUAUAAGAGGGCUGGACAAGAGGCAGUUUUUCACCGACUGAUGGGGCCAAGGCGUCAUUCCUUAGAAGCAAUAGAUUGUUUAAGUGCACUAGAAUUGACUAGAGAUGUGAAGGCUUUUUCAACACUCAAAGAGCGUCUGAUCCAUCUACAGAUGAUGGAAAAUCGAAGAGUUUGUUUUGGUAAAUCUGGAAUACAUGGAUGGGGCCUCUUUGCACGACGAAACAUUCAAGAAGGAGAAAUGGUCCUUGAGUAUCGUGGGGAGAAGGUGCGGCGUAGUAUUGCUGAUCUAAGAGAGGCACGAUAUCGACUGGAGGGAAAAGAUUGUUAUCUGUUUAAGGUAAGCGAAGAAGUGGUAAUAGAUGCGACAAAUAAAGGGAAUAUUGCACGCUUAAUCAAUCAUUCGUGCAUGCCCAGUUGCUAUGCGAGGAUCUUGAGUCUGGGUGAAGAGGAGAGCCGGAUAGUUCUUAUAGCUAAACGCAAUGUCUCAGCUGGUGAUGAGUUGACGUAUGAUUAUUUGUUUGACCCGGAUGAGCAUGAUGAUCUUAAAGUGCCCUGCCUAUGUGGAGCUCCCAAUUGCCGAAAGUUCAUGAACUAGUGUAGCUGAUGUACAGGAUUUGUCGUACAGUGACAUGCUAACAUACAUGAAUACAAGAAAUAUCUUUUCUUUCUUCUUUUGGUUUUGUUUUUAUAAUAGCAACCAUUUUUGUCAUUCUCAGUCCAAUUGAAUUUUAAGUUGCAAAUAAAGUAUAUGCACCAUCUAUUUAGCUGGCCUUUUUCAUCUCCUU